AUGCAAGAAGUGGAAGUUGCAGCAAGAGAUGUUUUCAUUCAUUACAUAAAUGUUCAAAAGGACAAAACUAUUUUAUGGUCGUUUACAACAAAAAGAAAGAAUAUCUCUUUUGGUUUAUAUCAACGAAAAGGUCAUAAUAUUUCUACAUCAACUAACUCACACAUCACUACAGCCAACAACAUCGCAACAGUUGCUAAUCUUAAUCUUAAUACUACUCUUGCUAAUAGCAUCAAAAAUAAUACUACCGGAGCCACACCUACGACUUCUACAAUAAAAGAAGACGGAGGGGGAAGUGGUGGUAUUGGUCAUAAUAGCGGUUAUGGGAUACCUAAUUCAGCAAGACCCAGUCUAAAAAGUAACAUAAGUAUAACAUCUGUUGAUACCAAUGACACUGAAGAUACCAGCGACUCUUCCCAAAAAGACAAUAACAACAGCGCUGAGUGGACCAAUUCCACCUCUACUUUAAACCCACUUCAUUCUCCUUCUACGCCUGGUGCUGCUAUUAAUGGUGGUGUUAAUGCAUUCCGUGGUCGAAAAAAAUCUGUUUCUUUGCAAAUAAUUAAAGAUCCGGGUUUGAAAGAAAUUUUACCAAUUGAACAUUAUAAUUCUGCUACUGCAACCAUAAAAGGCAGUUAUAAAGUUCAAGAUGAAGGAAUUUAUUGUUUGGUUUUUGGCUCAGAUGAUGAUCAAGAUAAACCUUUACCUGAAACUUCUGGUUGGAUGUUAAAGAAAAAAAGAAAGAAAAUACAAGGUUGGGCAAAAAGAUGGGUACAAAUUGAUAAUGGAAUCUUAUCCUAUUAUCAAUUUCCUGAUGGUCCAUGUAGAGGUUCAAUUCAUAUAGCAUUUUCAGCUGUAUCAUCCAGCCAACCAUAUCGUUCUAUAACACUAGAUUCAGGGACAGCAACCUAUCAUUUUAAAACAUUGACAGACGAAGAAUUUGAAUCAUGGAUGAGCUUUAUUCGUAAAUACAUCAACCUAUCAAAAGACCUACAAAUCCUUGACUCAGAAUACCCAAUUAUUAGCUCACCAAGACAAUCCACCGAAUUCGAAAGACAUCAAAGCAUAUACCGUAAGCGACAAAGUCUAAUAGAACGACGUCAAAGUUUGAUAAAGAGACGCCAUAGUCUUACCCGUGACCCACAGGCUUUCUUCAGAUCAAACAAGUUGGAAGAAGAUUUGGGAAAAAUUUAUGAUCAUUUAAAUAGUAUGGAUGAUAAGUUUAAUACCAUUGAUGAAACUUUGGAAACAUUGAAAAAUUCGAUAGAGUCACCUGUUUCACCUUUUGCUAUUCCAAAAGCUUCACCAAGUGUUGAAGGAAAGUUUCGAUUAAAAAAAUUCACUCUUCAAAAAGCUGUCAAAGACGACAAGAAAAAAAUAUUGGAUUUAUUACGUAUAGAAUUUGAGAAAUGGAAAGCAUUAGAUCACGCCUAUCGUAAACUAUCAGCUGAAAAUGCUGAACUACGUAAACAACUUUCUAAUUCUGUUACUGCAACAACAACAAUGGAAAAAAGUGAUCAUUUCUAUAAUAAUGAUGGUGACGCCGAGUAUCAGGAAAAAUUAGAUAACGGAGAAAGAAUUUAUAAACGUGCCGAAUCUUUGAGUACUAUAAAUACUGAUGUAUUCUUUGAUGCUGAAGACAUUGUUUUAACCUCCGAAACUAUCAACGCAGAUGAUAGUGAAGGCGAGGUUUCUAAUGUUGAAAUCAUUGAAGAUGAAAGUGAGGACGAGUCAUCAUCAUUAGACGCGUCAUUCAAUGACGAUGCAACUAAGAAAGAUGACGAGAAUAUUGAAGUGAAAGUAGAUGAUGAUGAUAGUGUAGAUAAAGCGGAACCUUCACAAAAAAUAUCAGAAGCUACACGUAAAAUGACUAUUCGUAGAAGGAAAAUACUUCCAUCACCUAUAUGUGGUGAAGAAGUUAGUCUUUUAUCUCUACUUCGUAAAAAUGUUGGAAAAGACAUGUCAACCAUAGCUAUGCCUAUAUCAUUGAACGAGCCGAUAAACUUGCUUCAAAAAUUAGCUGAAGAUUUAGAGUACAGCGAGUUGUUGGAUAAAGCAAAUUCAUCUGAUGAUUCGUUGAUGAGGUUGAUGUAUGUUGCUGCAUUUGCUGUUUCAGGUUAUGCCUCAUCUCAAUAUCGUACUGGUAGAAAACCGUUUAAUCCAUUACACGGUGAAACUUAUGAAUUGGUUCAUCCCGUAAAAGGAUUUAAAUUUAUUUCUGAAAAAGUUAGUCAUCAUCCACCAAUAAUGGCUUGUCAUGCUGAAUCACCAAAUUGGAUAUUUUGGCAAGAUUCAAAAGCAAAAAGUAAAUUUUGGGGCAAAUCAAUGGAAGUAAUACCAUACGGUACAGUGCACAUAAAACUUCCAAAGAAUAAUGACCACUUUUCGUUUAAUAAGCCUACUACAUGGAUGCGUAAUAUGAUAUCUGGUACAAAGUAUUUGGAACAUACAGGUGUAAUCCGUAUACAAAAUCAAACGACAAAAGAAGUAUGUGAAAUCACAUUUACAACGAGUGGAUUGUGGAGUAGCGGACCGAAAAGUGAGAUUGUUGGAGUGUUGUUUUCAUCAACUGGCAAGAAAUGUGGCAAGAUCGUGGGUAGAUGGAACGAAAUAAUAUUUAAUGAGAAAGCACCUAAUCAAUUGGAAGUACUUUGGAAAGCAAAUCCACCAUUACCAAACUAUGAAGAGUAUUAUGGAUUUAUGCCAUUUACAAUAGAGCUUAACGAGAUUACGCCAGAUAUAUCAGAAUACUUGCCAAAUACUGAUACGCGGCUAAGACCUGAUCAAAGACUUUUUGAGGAUGGUGCUGUUGACCAGGCGGAAGGUGAAAAGCUUCGACUUGAACAGAAACAACGUGAAUUUCGGAAAGAACUUGAAACUCAAGGAAAGACAUGGGAACCACAAUGGUUUGAGUUGAAAGACGACGAGUGGGUUUAUAAAGGAGGUUUAGGAGCUUUAUCAACAUGUGAAGGGUUAGAUUUUCAUUACAAAACUACUAAAAGUUCGAAUAAACCAACUAAACCAACUUCGGAUAGUCCAUCAUCGCCAACAACAGUUCCAGAAAAUCCGUCGUCAACAGCAGCUCCAGAAAAUCCGUCAUCACCAGCUCCAGAAAAUCCAAAUAAUCCAAAUAACCCAUCACCACAGCCAACACCAGAUCCAAAUAACCCAAAUAACCCACCACCAGCAAAUCCAAAUCCAAGCAAUCCGAAUCCGACAACCUCACUACCAGAUUUUCCAACAGUUUUAGCGUCAGCUAAGGUUGCAUCAGAUGUUGCACCUCCUGUCCCAUUAAAAAAUGGAAAGAUGACAGGGCUUUUAAUAUUUUAUCAACCAUCCGAUGGUAAAACAUCAAUAACCGGAUAUCUUAAUAAUCUAUUAGACGAUGUUGAAGGAAAAUAUACAUUUAAAAUAGUUAAUGAUAAAGGGACGGUUAUCAAUGAUUUGACCGGUAUGAUAAAUCCUAUAUUUCAAUUAGGUGGUUCAUCAACUUUUAGUACCAUUCAGGAUAGUGUUAGAUUGUCGGGUGAUCCUGCAACCAAUGCUCUUGGUAGUUUUUUUGUAAUUACGCAACGUGAUGUUGCUAUUUGCAAAGCUUUAAUUGGUAAAGAGUUUGUUAUUGAUGGGUAA